AUGAAAGAGAAGUCGAAAAAUGCAGCCCGGACUCGGCGGGAGAAGGAGAACAGUGAGUUUUAUGAGUUGGCCAAGCUGCUGCCGCUGCCCUCUGCGAUCACAUCCCAACUCGAUAAAGCCUCCAUCAUCCGCCUGACCACCAGCUACCUGAAAAUGAGGCUGGUGUUUCCCGAAGGUUUAGGGGAAUCAUGGGGCCAUGUGAGCAGAGCCAGCUCUCUGGACAAUGUGGGCCGUGAGCUCGGAUCCCAUUUACUACAGACUUUGGACGGCUUUAUUUUUGUGGUCGCACCGGAUGGGAAGAUCAUGUACAUCUCUGAGACAGCUUCAGUGCAUCUCGGCCUCUCACAGGUAGAGCUGACGGGGAACAGUAUUUAUGAGUACAUCCACCCCGCUGAUCAUGAUGAGAUGACCGCAGUGCUCACCGCGCACCAGCCUUACCACUCUCACUUCGUGCAGGAAUAUGAAAUGGAGCGCUCUUUCUUCCUGAGAAUGAAAUGCGUCUUGGCCAAAAGAAACGCAGGCUUAACGUGCGGCGGCUAUAAGGUGAUUCAUUGCAGUGGCUACCUAAAAAUCCGGCAGUACAACUUGGACAUGUCUCUGUUCGAUGGCUGCUAUCAGAAUGUGGGUCUGGUCGCUGUGGGUCACUCAUUGCCCCCCAGUGCAGUGACAGAGAUCAAGCUACACAGCAACAUGUUCAUGUUCAGGGCCAGCCUGGAUAUGAAGCUCAUCUUCCUCGACUCCAGGGUGGCAGAGCUUACUGGCUAUGAGCCACAGGAUUUAAUAGAGAAGACUCUUUACCAUCACGUCCACAGCUGUGACACCUUUCACCUACGCUGUGCACACCACUUGUUGUUGGUGAAGGGUCAGGUCACUACAAAGUACUACAGGUUUUUGGCUAAGGAAGGCGGCUGGGUGUGGGUGCAGAGCUAUGCAACCAUCGUGCACAACAGCAGAUCCUCCAGACCUCACUGUAUUGUCAGUGUGAACUAUGUCCUCACGGAAACUGAGUAUAAAGGUCUACAGCUGUCCUUAGACCAAGCGACAUCCAACAAACCAUCGUUCACCUACAGUAGCCCCUCGAACCCGGUCAGUGACAGCAGGAAGUCGAGUAAAAGCAGGGUGUCCCGCACCAAACCCAAAACCCGACUCUCUCCUUACCCACACUACCCAGGCUUCCACACUGAGCGCUCGGAGUCUGAUCAGGACAGCAGCCCAUGGGGUGGGAGUCCUCUGACUGACUCUGCCUCCCCACAGCUAUUAGAACAAAGUGAAAGCAUGGAUGCGUCCUGCGUGUACCGCCAGUUCCCAGAGCCCCGCCCUCUGUGCUACAGCCUGCCUCUGUCUGAGGAGCAUCACACAUCCAGUGAUCACCAAGGUCACGGUCAUUCACAGGCCUGCGAGCGUGGCCGCUGUGAAGCUGGCAGAUACUUCCUGGGUACUCCACAGACAGGGCGUGAGGCGUGGUGGGGCGCCGCCCGCUCGCUCUUGCCUCUACCCAAGUCCCCACCUGAGAAUGGAGACGGGUAUGAGUGUGCGAUGCCCCACAUCACCUCCAUCCACAGCCUACAUGUGAGAGGCCACUGGGAUGAGGACAGCACAGUCAGCUCUCCAGAUGCUGGCUCAGCCAGUGACUCAGGCGACCGGUACCGAAUCGAGCACUUCCGCUCGAGCCCACAGGAGCCCAGCAAGAUCGAGACACUAAUCCGGGCCACGCAGCAGAUGAUAAAAGAGGAGGAGAGCCGGCUGCAGCUGAGGAAGAGUGGUACCGAACCAUCUCUAGGGCCCGCUAAUGGUCUAGCUAAGAGCACCAGUUCCUGCUUCAGUAAUGAGUUUGCCCAGUCAGCACUGCAGGGAGUUGUGUGUCGGGGUUCAGCUCAGGUGAUCAGUCCCGCCCCCAGCCCCACCCCUCUGUCUCGCCUCAGCAGCCCCAGCUCUGAGCGGUUGGCCAAAGCCAAAGACUUCCUGCAGACUGAGCUUUCGUCUCCACCACAGCAACAGCAGCAACAGCUGGGCCUUGCAGGCUCCUGCGCCGUCUCUCCCACCCCUGCACUCUACCCUUCUCAUCCUCGCCAGUAUCUGGACAAACACACUGCCUACUCGCUCAGCGGCUACGCACUGGAGCACCUCUAUGAGGCGGACAGCUUCAGAGGAUACGCCCUAGGCUGCGCAAGCUCCUCCCACUACGACAUGACCUCUCACCUGCGCAUGCAAGCCGAGCAAACCACCAGCCAUAAAGGGACCUCCGUCAUCAUCUCCAACGGCAGCUGA